AUGGCCUCGCGAUCCCGACGUGGCUGCAUCGACUGCAAGAAGGCUAAAGUCAAAUGCGACGAGGUGCAUCCCUUCUGUGGUACUUGCAAGAGACGAGGUCGUGAAUGUAGUGGCUACAGGCCUAUCACUACUGCUCGCAAAGUCCUCGAGACAGGGUCUACUCAAACAGCUGAGAUCUCACUCACAAAUCAAGAAGUGGUCGGUGUCGGAUCUCCUGAUGCAAUAUCCUUCAGCCGGAACUUUCACAGGCAAGAUGCCACCGGUUGCUGCUCCGUACCUCUCAGUUCUCCAGCCUCCCGUGCUUCUUCUGUAUCGUCGGUGUCGCCGAUCGUCAAGCACAAUGCCCAAAUACAGGCACCACCUCUGCAAAGAGCCCUUGCCAUUGUUCCUCCAGGGACCGUACAGCCUUCGGAUGAACCAUUCAUCGCGGUCUACUUCAUGCGGCAUCCAUCGGAGCUGGUUUUUGGGGAUGAAUUCAUCCAAGAAAUGAACUCCAAUGUUCUACUAGUGUUCCAGGACAAUCCACAGGCUGUCAGUGACUCUCUAUCUGCUAUUGGGGAGGUAUAUCUGAGGGACAGUCCCCUUCCAGUUCUGUCGUUCGUCCCAAACAGAAAGGCGAGGAUUCUGGCUAGGCUACGAAACAUGGACAAUCUCGGGCUUAGUUUGGAGCUGCUUCUGACGACAAUGCUUGGUCUUUGUGCUGUAGAGAUUAUUGAUGCCAGCUACCACGAAACGCAGAUAUCUAGCAUCCCCAGUCUUAUGGAGAACUUGGCCAUGAUGCUAGACCACCACCUCCACAAAGGGCUUGCGUUGAGCCAGUUGGCCAGGUAUUUCAUUCGUGCUCUUGCGAGGCAAGACAUGAUGCUAGCCUUGACGAGACUACAUCCGCCCCAUAUUCCCACUGACUACUGGGUGGAUGAUGAUUGCAUGCGGCACGCGGAUCGCUUCAUGGGCUACACUAGCACUCUAAUGCCAUUGUUGGCCGAACUGAGUGCAUUUGCUGGGGAAGUUCGAAGAUCUCUUAACGAGACAGUUGAUGAAGGCAUCUUGAACACAGCGUGUUCGACUCCCUUCCAACAUUCGCCGGACGUGCUUAAUCGAGCCGCUCUAUUAAAGUCCAAAAUUGAGUUAUGGCAUCCUACCGUCGACACGAAACUCUCGUUCAACUCAUUGCGCAGAUUUCUCCUACACGCCAACGCAUACCGCGCUGCAUCCCUGCUCUACCUUCAUCGAAUUCUAAAUCCUGCCGGAACUUCUCCCCCAGCUGACGAAACAGCGGUGGCCAUGGCUUACGAAGUUAUGGUUCAUACCCCUGCCAUGGAAGAAGACAUUAGAAUGUCCCUAUGGCCUGUCUUUCUAGCCUCAUGCGAGGUGUACAACGAAUGUGACAGGAUCACCGCCACGAAAAUGUUAUCGGCCGUCUGUAAGGGUCGCAAGACUAUCACAGCGAUGCGGACAAAUUCUUUUGUGGUGAACCGUGUUUGGGCGGCAAGAGAUAAUGGAGGGGACUGGGAUUGGAUGAGGCUCGCCCAGCGGUACCCUCAGGAGCUGUUACCUAUCUGA